CGCAAAACUACGCGCCAACCAAACCCAAAAGAACCAGUUUACCUUAUUGCAUAUAUCAGCGUUGUUAUGUUAUUCAGGUCAUUGAUAACGAAUGCCUGCACUCUUGGUUUUCUCGGAGCUGCAACGACUUACAGCCUUGUCCCUGUGAAAGUGAAAGCCCAGGCUGCUGCUCUCAUCCACAACCUAGUGAGGAAGUCAUCGGUUGUCGAACAAUCCAACAUGAAGAUUGAACUACUUCCAGCGCUCAGUGACAACUACAUGUACCUUGUUAUCGAUGUUGACUCCAAAGAAGCAGCUAUUGUCGACCCCGUCGAGCCGAUCAAGGUUAUUGAAGCAGUCAGAAAACAUGGAGUACGACUCACAACAGUGUUGACAACCCAUCACCAUUGGGAUCAUGCCGGUGGGAAUGAGAAGAUGGUAAGGUUGAUGCCGGGACUAAAGGUGUAUGGAGGGGAUGACCGAGUUGAUGCCCUCACGAAGAAAGUCACUCAUUCCAACACCCUCAAAGUUGGCUCCCUCACUGUGAAAUGCCUGUUCACUCCAUGUCACACGACCGGCCACAUCUGUUACUAUGUAACCAAAGAAAACAGCACCGAACCCCCAGCAGUGUUCACAGGUGACACGCUCUUUGUUGCCGGCUGUGGUAAAUUCUUUGAAGGCACGGCGGAGCAGAUGUACAAGGCCCUGAUAGAGACUCUUGGGAAACUUCCACCUGAGACGCGUGUAUACUGCGGUCACGAGUACACCGUCAGCAAUCUGAAAUUUGCACGACACGUGGAACCAGACAAUGAAGACAUUCUUAAGAAGCUAGAGUGGGCCAAGGAACAAUGUGACAAGGGUGAACCUACCGUUCCAUCCACUGUGGCAGAUGAAUUCACAUACAACCCUUUUAUGAGAGUAAAGGAGAAGUCUGUGCAAGACCAUGUUAAACAGACUGAGGCUAUUAACACAAUGAGAAGUCUACGGAAAGAGAAGGAUAGCUUUAAGGUCCCCAAGCUGUGAAGCUCAUUGCGUGAAUAUGAUCUCUGCAUGCAAUUGGAAACACAAUCAGUCUUAUUUUUUAUUUCUCAAAAUUGAGCUAAAAAGCUGGAAUCCAAUGUAAUGUUUAUUUAAAAAACUGAAACUUAUGGUGAUGAGGCAUUCUAAGUAAGUUAUGUUUUAAAACUGAAAAAUAUAAAAUAAUUCAUUUUUUUUUACAAAACAUAUUUUGGGGGAAUGCUGCAGGAGCCAAUCUGGCAUAAUGCUUGAUUUUAGAUUAUAUGAGGAAGAGAACUUUUACCUGUAAAUAAUUUCCACUGUAAUGUAAUGGCUAAUUCCGAAAUAGUUUUUUGUUAACGUAUAACACUUUCACAGUGUGUCUACAGAGAGCUUUUUGAUUAAUAUAUAUUACUUGUCUUAAUAUGUUAUCUAUUAUUUUUUGUUGUGUAGGAGCUUUAUUGAUAAACAUUCUAUCAAGGAUGAUCCAUAUACAGAAAUCACAUAUUUGGAAAUUAUUUCUACUUGAGUUUACAAUAAUUUCUUCAUGUAGUCCGUAUUUGUCUGUUAAUCAUCAAAGGUAAAAAAAUAGUUGGAAUGAUUCUGUUAAAUUAGAUAUAAACCACCUGCAGUGCAAUAUAUAACCCAUUCUUCACGUUGACCUUUCUUUUUAAAUGGCCUACCACCAAGAACGUUGUGGACGCUUCUGAACAAAUUAAAAUGCCUUAGAUUUGACAUUUGUUGAACGUGUGUGACAUUGAACUGAGGCUGGGACCAUGAAAACAUCUGAAUUAGAAAGUUUAUCAACAAUGAAAUGUGUUCAUCAGUCAAUCCAAUCAGAUUUUUUCCUAAAUUAACCCAUUUUAUUCUUGUCCACUCUUGGAGGUCUGUGGUGUCUUUGAGGUUAAAGAUCAGUUAUAUAGUUUAGUUGUGGGUCAAUUGGACACCCAGUUAAACCUAGCCCUAUAUUUAUUUGGUCCCACAAACAAUUGCAGAAAGACGUUACAGAAAAAUGAUUUGACUCAUCAGAUUACUAUCUCAACUCUUAAUGGCCACACGCACACAAUUAUAAUUAUAUAUUAUAUAUAUUAUCAACUUAUUCGUAAAGCUUCCUUCUGGGGCAGUUGGGUGCAAUAAUAUCUACAGUAGCAUGGCUCCAGUAACUCACAUUGAAGUUUUCCUGUCAAGCUGUUCAGCAAACUAAAUGUUUGCUGUUAAAAUGUUUGCCUUCAAGCUGAAAAAGUUAAUGUGGAACUUUCUUUAGAGUUCAUGCGCUAUCAAGGAAGUACCCAUUUAUGGGCGGUACUUCCCCUCUCCUAAUAAAGUAUAAAAGCCCUGUCUCGGAUAGUGGCCUUAUUUGAUGAGCAGAUGAGCACUCAGAUGAGCACUCCCUUACUUAAGAACCAAGUGGCCUGAAACAUGGAACUUGGGUUUUUAGGCCUAGUGAAUACCACGUUGGAUGAAAUCCGAAGGCUAAGGCGACCUACCUAAUGGACACAUUCUGCAUAUGGGGGAGCCACAAGGUAAUUCCACAAAGGUGUCUCAUCUCACUCAAGCCCAAUGCAUUGAAUGAUGUGGUUUCCUAACAAAGAUGUCAGACAGACAAAGUGUGCAACAGAACAAGACCCAUGUGAUAAAUGUAUUGCAUGUAAUUGUAUGUUCUUGUUAAAUUCAUCUAAGUUUUUUUAACUGACUUUUUGAUAUUAAUACUACCGCCCUUCCUGUGCAGUAACUAAAACAAGGUAUUGGAAACUGAAGAGCCGGGUGUCUCAUGUUAUGAUAUGAUGGGCUUGAUCAGAUCAUUCCAUGUAGGGUUAAUAUCUAUUACAAGUUAUUAUUUUAGCCACACAGAUCAUCACAUGUCAUUUGAGUCACACGGCUUGAUCAUUUAAAAUAUAUAUUUAAUUAAUCUUCAUAAUGCAGGAAUGAUAAAAUAGUGUUACAUUUAUUCAUUAUUUGAAAAUAUUAGUCUUCACACAAUAGACGAGCAGUCUUUCUGCAACCACAACGUCAAAAUGUGCAAAAAAGAAUGUGUGAAAAAUUAUUAUAUAAAUAAGCUGUUUUCCCUUGGACGGUUGUAGAGAUACAUUUGAUACUUUUCGUGUAGAUCGAUUCAGGCCUAUAUGCGUGAUUUGUGUGCGUUUCCUUUAUCAAAAGCCAUAACUAAAAUCACAUCCUAUUCUCCAUCUCCGCCUCCUCCUUUUCACCACUUGAUGAUGAGCCCGUUGGAGGUCUUCUCCACUCCGUGGUACUGUGUGCGCAGCAGCUGCCUGGCCCGCUCAGCCCCUACGUUGUGAAGCCAGGAGUGGUAGAGGUCCGAGACGCGGGUGUCGUCCUCUGGGACGGAGGCCGUCUCGGCCUUGUAGAGCCGCUCCACCUGCUGCAGGAGGUCCUUGCUGGUCUGAUCCGGCAGGGGCUUCAGCUGGCCACCUCCGUUCAGGCAGCCUUAGCAUGGUGGUGGUGGGGGCCAGGGUUGAAAGAAAAACAGAGAGCAUGUGUUAUUUGGUGGUGGAGGAUAGCAGGGUAAUUCAUUUGAGUAGGUGUUUAUGGACAUGAUUGACAAUGAUUUGAUGAAUGCAAAUAUGAAAAACAAAAUGGAUUUAUACACCAAAGGCUGUGACUGUAGUUGUAACUUUAUAUUUUUGAAUGGCUUCAAAUUUAUUUUUUUCAUGCACUUUUUUUAUUCUUAAUACAGCAUUCCUAUUUAUCUGAACUAUUACCAUAAACGUUGGCUUCAAUAUAGAAUAAAACGACCAAUCGUCUUUUUGGAUUCCCCUCCUCUCCUUACCUGAGGGACAGGCCAUAACCUCCACAAAGUGGUACGGGGACUUUCCCCUCUUGAGUUUCUGCACCAGGUUUUGGAUGUUACGGAAGCCGUAGGUACUGGCGAAGCGCAGCACCACCACGCCAUCCUUCUCCAGGGUCACCUCCUGGAAGUCCUUGUUCCUAUGGGUGAAGGGGAGAUGGUAAGGGGGCAGGGCGGUGGAGGGAACUGGGUUCGAUCCCUUAAUGUGCAUUGCACCCUAACUUUUGGCAUCGAUGAAGAUGCCCUGACCCCCCUAUACCUGCUCAUUAAGGACAUGAAAUCCCUAAGUCGCAAAAAUAAUAAAAGCAUCUUCAAAAUGUAAUACCAACUUGUAGAAAGAACGACAUUCCUCUUUGUUUACAUCUGAACGAAUACAAAAAAAUAAACACUACUGAUGUAAUAUCCCUAGUUGAGUUGGAGAAGACAGCAUUUAAUUACCAUUAUUUGGAGACAAAAAUAAAUAAUAUAAAAUAAAAACAUCCUAGCGACAAUUGACUAGUUGAUUCGUAAUGGAAAUAAUGGAUGCGUCUUCUCUGCACCAGCCAAGCCUUUUUGUGCACAUUUUGGAGGACCUACUUCAGUGUCUUGUAGGUGAGCUCCUUCACCUCCUCUCCAAACAGCUGCUUGGCGGUGUGUGUGAACACGUGGUGGAGGUAACCCCCGGACCCCCCACCCGCAUGGCUCAGUAACUCACCGCCGUUGACGUUGCUGAAUCUGCAAACAGUUAAACAAACCAUCACCUACCACCUGAUGCACUUCAAGAUGUAUUCA